AUGGAUCAGAAGAUAUCACCAUACUUCCAGAUGGACAGGCACUCAUCAGUACCGCACAUAUAUGUGGCAGAUCUAUUCGACAGCAAAGUUCAUGUGAUGGAGAGACAAGACAGCAAUGACUUAAUACCUGUGAAGUUUGUGGAUGUGGGAUCACCUGUGGAUAAUAUUGAAGUGGAUCCUGAGACUGAUGACUUGUGGUUGGGGUGUCAUCCUGAUGUCUGGAAUUUUUUUUCCAAUAACAUGGAGGACCCACCAGGUUCAGAGGUUAUUAAGAUCACAAACAUCCUCUCUGACCAGCCGACCGUGACACAGGUGUAUAUGGAUGAUGGGAGUGUGAUCAUCGGUUCCUCUGUGGCGGCGACCUAUGGAGGAAAACUCCUCAUCGGCUCAGUCCAUCACAGGGCCCUAUGCUGUGAUCUUAAUUAGUCACUCAACAAGUCUUGCACUGUUCACCUAAUAGGCCUACUUACAGAAGCUUACCAAUAUACUGUAAUAAUGUUUGUAAUUCAUAAAUAAUGUGAGGACUUUCUCUAGCCAUGUGAGAUGAUUUAUAAGCUGUC